AACUUUUUGAGCCAUAUUAUAUUUAGUCGUUUUCUACACUUAUAAAGCUAGGCAGUUCAAUUCUGUAUCGACACUUCUUGGAAGAUUAAAGACGCGUUAGUUAAAGCGUAAGAGACUUUCAAGCCCAACGGAUAUCGCCAUUCUUCACUUUCAGUAGUUAGUAAGAAUGGAGUCUACCGGCAUUGUAACGGUCUUCUUCCUUUUGGGAUUUAUCUUAUUUGCAAAUGCAAGAUUUUCUAAAGAUUCGGGUUGUGGUGUGACAAAAGGAUGCUUUAGUGACUGCAGAUCAUGGGACGGAUGUACAUAUCUUAUAACAUGGGUACAAACAUCAGCCGGUGUGGACUUUACUAUAAAGGGGUCAUUAAUGUCAUCUAUAGAUCAAUAUAUUGCAGUUGGCUUCUCGAGUGACAAGAAAAUGGGCGAUGAUAGUGUAACAGAAUGUGUAAUGACCAAUGGUAACACCUUUAGCGUCGUUAAUUCGUUUAAUGUUGAUGAUGAUGACAACGAAAUGACAACAGCUCCAGCCACUGGUUUGUCAGCAAUAAGUGGAACUUACACCAAUGGUAUACUGGAUUGUUCUUUCCAACGUGCUAACACUACAGCAGACCCUCAGAUUACUAGUCUCCUUACUGAUUGGUACCUUUUUUGGGCCAUUGGAAGAAUGAAGCAUUCUGAAAAACAUGAACAUGAAGAUUGGGGUAUUUCCUCAAAGGUUGUUGAUCUACAAACCUACGAGGAUGUAGGGGAAUUAGGAAAGCCCAAAGUAAAAGCACAUGGAUGUCUAACCAUUAUUGCCUGGGUUGGUUUCUGUAGUAUUGGUGUUGUACUGGCACGAUAUUACAAGCCUAUGUGGAUCAGCAAGAAGUUGUUUGGCGCAGCUAUAUGGAUCCAGGUCCACAGAGCACUGAUGAUUGCUGCAGCCUUGUUUAAUUUGAUUGCAGUUAUUGUUAUAUUCGAAGGAGAAUUCGAGAUUUAUGGAUCUAGCUUCCAGAACGCACAUCCUGUUUUAGGAAUGAUUGUAACAGUCGUGUCAGUUUUAAACUGCAUUGGUGGAUUUCUGCGUCCAGGACCAAAACACAAAUUCAGACCUUAUUUCAACUGGGCCCACUUGAUAAUGGGACUUUUGUCCUACAUUCUUGGAGUUUUCACCAUUGGUAUUGGUCUGUCUAUUGAUGAUGCUCAUGUACCGUUUGAUGUUAUCUAUGUCUUGGUUGCAUUUGUCGUUUACCAGAUUUCGUUUGAAGUUAUUUUGGAGUUCAUUGAUCGGACAGGAAAAAGAAAACAAUCUGAAGCAGGAUCAUAUGAUACAAAGAUGAAUUCUAUCGGUGGAAGUAAGACAAAUGUUGAUGAAAACGAAAAGAAGGCACAAGAAUCAGAAAAGAAAGAACAAGAUCAAUAUUGUGGAAAACUGAAGACCUAUCUCUUGUUUCUUCAUAUUGGGAUUAUAACUGCCUUUACUUUGUCUAUCAUGAGUGUCUUAGCUGCAUAUUAAAGAAAAUAAAGUGAUAUAUGGAUGCAAUGAUCUGAUUUACACCAAGGAGCUUCUGCUAAUGACAUUACUAUUUAGUAUAUGUUUUCACUUUAUUCAUCUAUAGACAUCAUGUGCACAUUAUGAGGAAUGAUAUUGAAACUUUAUACUGAUUGUUGUUUUGUUAUAUUUUUCGAUAUUUUUAUAAUUAUUUUUAUGAACAUAUUUAUAUACAUGUAUAUGUGAUACUUGAUUGUUUGAUAGUGGUAACAAAGAUGGUUAAUUUGGAAAAUAUUUAUUUUUUGCAUAAUCUCAAUUCAUACUUCCCCUUUUCAACAUGUUAGACAUUAAAAGAAAAUAGGCUUCAA